AUUAGUGUGGAGUACACACGUGUGUACAAAAAUGGGCAGAAGAAAGAGAGGAAACGUAGAGGUUAGCAAUUUAAAUAAGAAACAGAAGAAACAUCUUAAGGAGUAUGGAGAACAGCAUCCUUUUCAUGAUAAUGUUGUGGACAGGCCCGAGGAAACUCAGAUUUUGCGCUUGCCCAAGAGCCAUGCACAACACCCGGGACCCGAGUAUGAGGAAGGCAGUGAUGAAGAACAGCAGUCUGCGUAUCAGAAACUGUUGUCCACGAUGAUCCAGGGUGUUGAUGACAACAGUGAAGGUGAAGAAAGUGAAGUGGAUGAGGAUGAGGAAGAGGAAGAGGAUGAAGUUCUAGAAGUUGAUGAACCUGAAGGAGAUGUGGAAGAAGACGAGAACGAAGAAGGUGAUGAAGAAGAUUUAGAGGAAGAAGAGGAGGAUGAAGAAGAUUUAGGGGAAGAGGAGGAUGAAGAAGAUUUAGAGGAAGAGGAGGAUGAAGAAGAUUUAGAGGAAGAGGAUAAAGACUUACCCGAUGAUCCAGAAAAUAUAGAACAACCUGGACAAAAAGAUGAAGAAGACACAGAGGAAAUUACAGAGGGAGAGUUUACAGAUAAGAAGAAUGAAGCUGCAUUCUGUUUAGAGAAAAACUUGCCUGCAGAGGGAGAGAAUUUGGAAGAGCUGAAAGAGGACAUGUUUGUGGAGCACCAGGAGAUAGAACUCAGUGAAGUAGAAGUGAGUCAAAUCUCAGGGGGGUCAAAGGUCAAGACUCAGGUUAAGUGGCCAAAACUGGGCACUCUGCAGUGUGUGCAUCCGCUGGAACGUUUCCCUGCUUUGGGACAGCCCUCCUCUGCUCCUGUGCCACCUAUUCACAAAACCAUCCAGGCCAAUUGGCACUUGCUAAACCAGUCCUCCCAGUCUGGAAGUGGGGCUGUGCCGAAUGUCACAGAGUUACAGAAGGAACUGCUUGGGCUCAUGGGUACGUACAGGGAUGUGUAUUUUGCAAAUACCACCCCCUUGAUGGAGACUAAGGAAGUGCGGAGUGCCUACUGUCUUCAUGUCCUGAACCACGUGUUAAAGGCCAACUCUCGUGUGCUCAUAAAUAAUGCCAACUUGAAGGAAAAUAAACAUCCCGAAGAAGAUUUUCGGGACCAGGGCAUUACCAGACCAAAGGUGUUGAUUCUAGUGCCAAUCAGAGAUGGAGCAUUGCGUGUGGUGCAGACCUUCAUAACUCUAAUGGAACCCAAAGGGAAGAAAAUGGACGUGAGUAACAAGAAGAGAUUCAAGGAAGAGUUUGGGGAAGAGCCAGACAACACACCAUCCAAACUGCAGAGACCUGAUGAUUAUCAUGCCAUCUUCUCUGGAAAUGUGGACGACCACUUUAGGAUAGGUGUGUCUGUUAUGAAACGCAGCAUGUGUCUCUAUUCUCCAUUCUACUCCUCGGACAUCAUCAUUGCAUCUCCACUGGGUCUUCGAACCGUUCUGGGUGCCGCUGGUGAGAGCAAGAGAGAUUUUGACUUUCUUUCCUCCAUUGAGCUGCUUAUUGUGGAUCAGGCAGAUGUGUUCCUUAUGCAGAAUUGGGAACAUGUGCUGCAUGUUUUGAACCAUGUGAAUCGGCAGCCUCUGGACUCGCAUGGAGUCGAUUUUUCCCGUGUGCGUAUGUGGAACCUAAACAACUGGGCAGCACACUACAGACAGACACUGGUGUUCAGUGCCAUACAAGAACCCCAGAUCACCAACAUUCUUACCAAACACUGCCACAACUACAGGGGUCAGGUGCAUUGUAAAGCCAUUCCAAAGGUGGGCUCAAUCUGUCAGGUUCUGGUGCAGUUACCACAUGUGUUCCAGAUGUUCCACUCUGACAGCUUCAUGGAUCAGGAUGCCAGGUUCCAGUUCUUUGUGGAUAAGAUUCUGCCACAGUACAAAGACUCUGUAAUGUCCCACACUCUCAUCUAUGUGCCAUCAUACUUCGAUUUUGUUCGUCUGCGGAACUAUCUGAAGAAAAAGGACGUCAGUUUUGCGAGUAUUAGCGAGUACUCGCAGAGAUCAGAGGUCAAUCGUGCACGCCAUUACUUUCAAAAAGGAGAAAAACAGUUUCUGCUUUUCUCAGAAAGAUUUCACUUCUACAAAAGGUACACUAUUAAGGGAAUCCUUAACCUGAUCUUCUAUGGGUUGCCUACAUACCCUAAUUUCUACAGUGAGGUGUGUAAUAUGCUUCAGGCUGGUGUUAGAGAGAGUGGCAGUUCUCCCAGCUUUACCUGCACAGCCUUGUACUCGCGAUACGACACACAUCGGCUGGCUGCCAUCACAGGAGCUGAUCGUGCUGCUCAGAUGCUGCACUCCAAGAAGCCAGUCCACCUUUUCAUCACAGGCGAGGAGAACAACACCUAAAAAUGCCUAAAAUCUGAACAAAUGUGACACUUUGCCUCUCUGAACUCAAUCUUUUAUUGUACAGGAAACAUUGAACCUGAAAUCUUUUUGAAAUUCAAUUAAAAUGCAGUGUGGCUGAAUGGAAAAACCCAAUUGUUUUUUUAAAUGUUUUUUCUUAUUAUCCGCUCACCUUCCUUUGUGUCGUUCCAAACUAAGGUGCUGUUUACAUGAAAAAGCAACCAGAAUUUUGCACAUUUAUAGUAUAUACAACUAUUAAAGUAAAGCCAGUGUUUUGACAGAAUGCAUUUUUUCCUUUGUUUGAUGUAUGAUAAAUGCAGUUUACAGAAGACAAUUUCAAUCCUGCUGCCUAAUGUUUAAAUUAGUAAUAUAUAUGAUUUUCGAGGCUAGACAUGUAAUCAGUUUGUCUGUUCCCUGGGAAUAGAACCCACAAUCUUUGCACUGCUAAUGCAGUGUUAUAUAGGAAUUGGAUUCAUUUGAUUUUAUACUUCAAUAAUCACUUGUUUUAAUAAGUGCGCAUAAGAUCCCUUCUAAUCAUUCAACUGCAUCUUUGUUAUCAGGAAAGCACAGGCUGUAACAGACCUAAUCUGUAUGAAAAUUUAGUUUGAAGCAUUUAAAAAAUGUAUCUUGUAUGUCCCAAGUGAUGAAUAGAGAUUUUCCCCUCCGAUUUUCUGUUAGCAGGAAAAUGGAGCAGCUGUCUGACAAACACACAGAUGUGCACUGUCUCUGUCUUUAACACACACUGCAUUCACAUGUCAUAAAUAAUGAAAUAAAUGAAGCUGUAUGUGUGUUCGGUUAGA